UUGAGGCUGGGUGUGCCGCCGCCUGCCGUGCCCGCCGCCGCUCCCACCAUGUCGGGCUCCUCCAACGUGGCGGCCAUGAAGAAGGUGGUGCAGCAGCUGCGCCUGGAGGCCAGCGUGACUCGCGUGAAGGUUUCUCAGGCUGCAGCAGACUUGAAGCAAUUCUGCCUGCAGAAUGCACAACAUGAUCCCCUACUGACAGGAGUAUCAUCGAGUACAAAUCCAUUCAGACCCCAGAAAGUUUGUUCAUUUUUGUAAUUAUGUGAACUACUUGGGUAUCUUUCAGUGAUCUCUUAGCAUCUUUUCCUAGCUGCUGAUGUGUGUAUGGGCAGAGUGCCUCACGGAGUGGCCUGGUUUGAAGUCUGUACAAAAGCUUAGCUUUAACGUGCCAAAUCUAACUGUAAAAUUGCUACUGUUGUCAAACCUCUUACCAUCUACCUCUCCAAAUGAACUGUAUGCUAGUUACAAUACUUCUGUUUCAUAAGGGAAUCAGUUUUAUAUGCCAAGUAAAAAAUAAAAGUGUCUUGAAAUUACUGUAACAAGUUGAUUAACUUCUGGAUAUGUUGACACUUCACCAGUUACUGCAUCACUCUGCAGCAGCUGGAAAGUAUAUACAGGAGUCUGUCUUUAAAUAUUCCAUGCUGCUGCAAGUUUGCCUGGGGUUGACAGUCUUACAGAACAAUGAGGCUUCAUCAUCAGUACUAUACUUAGAAGCAUAAUAGAAAUAGAACAGAAAAAAAUUUUUUGGCUGUUAGUUUAUAAUUCAACUAUAUAGCUGUUUAUAAUUCAACUGUAUAGCUGUCUCAUAUCACAGACAUCAAAUAAAGACAGAGAGUAACUUAAUUAUUCUUUAUGUUAAAGAGUAAUUCUAUCCUAGUAGAUGACUGACUAUGAGCCAUCUUACUCUUC